AAAGACAGGGAGGCGCAGUGCUGCUCGCGCCGCAGGGGACCGGCGGGUCGGUCCUGCAGGCUGGUUCCGAAGGCCCGCGGCCGCCGCCAUGUCGGUGCUGGGCGAGUAUGAGCGACACUGCGAUUCCAUCAACUCGGACUUUGGGAGCGAGUCCGGGGGUGGCAGGGACUCGGGCCCGAGCCCCAGCGCCGGUCCGGGACCGCGAGCCAGCGGCGGCGCGGUGGAACAGGAGGAGCUGCACUACAUCCCCAUCCGCGUCUUGGGCCGCGGCGCCUUCGGGGAGGCCACGCUGUACCGCCGCACCGAGGAUGACUCACUGGUUGUGUGGAAGGAAGUUGAUUUGACCCGACUGUCUGAGAAGGAACGCCGUGAUGCCUUGAAUGAGAUUGUUAUUCUGGCGCUACUGCAGCAUGACAACAUCAUUGCCUACUACAAUCACUUCAUGGACAAUACCACCCUGCUGAUCGAGCUGGAGUAUUGUAAUGGAGGGAACCUGUAUGACAAAAUCCUUCGUCAGAAGGAUAAGUUGUUUGAGGAAGAGAUGGUGGUAUGGUACCUAUUUCAGAUUGUUUCAGCCGUGAGCUGUAUUCAUAAAGCUGGAAUCCUUCACAGAGAUAUAAAGACAUUAAAUAUUUUUCUGACCAAGGCAAACCUGAUAAAACUUGGAGAUUAUGGCCUAGCAAAGAAACUUAAUUCUGAGUAUUCCAUGGCUGAGACGCUUGUGGGAACUCCAUAUUACAUGUCUCCAGAGCUCUGCCAAGGAGUAAAAUAUAAUUUCAAGUCUGAUAUCUGGGCAGUCGGCUGCGUCAUUUUUGAACUACUUACACUAAAAAGGACAUUUGAUGCCACAAACCCACUCAACCUGUGUGUGAAGAUUGUGCAAGGAAUCCGGGCUAUGGAAGUUGAUUCUAGCCAGUAUUCUUUGGAACUAAUCCAGAUGGUCCAUGCGUGUCUGGAUCAGGAUCCUGAGCAGAGACCCACUGCAGAUGAACUUUUGGAUCGUCCCCUUCUCAGGAAACGCAGGAGAGAGAUGGAGGAAAGAGUCACGCUGCUGAAUGCACCAACAAAGAGGCCAAGGUCAAGCACGGUGACUGAAGCACCCAUUGCUGUGGUAACAUCGAGAACCAGUGAAGUCUAUGUUUGGGGAGGUGGAAAAUCCACUCCUCAGAAACUGGACGUCAUCAAGAGUGGCUGUAGUGCCCGGCAGGUGUGUGCAGGGAAUACCCACUUUGCCGUGGUCACAGUGGAGAAGGAACUGUACACCUGGGUGAACAUGCAAGGGGGUACUAAACUCCACGGUCAGCUAGGCCAUGGAGACAAAGCCUCCUAUCGGCAGCCAAAGCAUGUGGAAAAGUUGCAAGGCAAAGCCAUCCAUCAAGUGUCCUGUGGUGAUGAUUUCACUGUCUGUGUGACAGAUGAGGGUCAGCUCUAUGCUUUUGGAUCAGAUUAUUAUGGCUGCAUGGGGGUGGACAAGGUUGCUGGCCCUGAAGUGCUAGAACCUUUGCAGCUGAACUUCUUCCUCAACAAUCCAGUGGAGCAGGUCUCCUGCGGAGAUAAUCAUGUGGUAGUCUUGACACGAAACAAGGAAGUCUUUUCUUGGGGCUGUGGCGAGUAUGGACGACUGGGUUUGGAUUCAGAAGAGGAUUAUUACACACCACAAAAGGUGGAUGUUCCCAAGGCCUUGAUUAUUGUCUCAGUUCAAUGUGGUUGUGAUGGAACAUUUCUGCUGACCCAGUCAGGCAAAGUGCUGGCCUGUGGGCUCAAUGAGUUCAACAAACUGGGCCUCAAUCAGUGCAUGUCUGGAAUCAUCAACCAUGAAGCAUACCAUGAAGUUCCCUACACAACCUCCUUUACCUUGGCCAAACAGUUAUCCUUUUAUAAGAUCAGAACCAUUGCCCCAGGCAAGACUCACACAGCUGCUAUUGAUGAGCGAGGCCGCCUGCUGACCUUUGGCUGCAACAAGUGUGGGCAGCUGGGUGUUGGGAAUUACAAGAAGCGUCUAGGAAUCAACCUGUUGGGGGGACCCUUAGGUGGAAAGCAAGUGAUCAGGGUCUCCUGCGGCGAUGAGUUUACCAUUGCUGCCACUGAUGAUAAUCACAUUUUUGCCUGGGGCAAUGGUGGUAAUGGCCGCCUGGCAAUGACCCCCACCGAGAGACCACAUGGCUCUGAUAUCUGUACCUCGUGGCCUCGGCCGAUUUUUGGAUCUCUGCAUCACGUCCCAGACCUGUCUUGUCGUGGCUGGCACACCAUUCUCAUUGUUGAAAAAGUAUUGAAUUCUAAGACCAUCCGUUCUAAUAGCAGUGGCUUAUCCAUCGGAACUGUGGUUCAGAGCUCCAGCCCGGGAAGUGGCGGCGGCAGUGGUGCUGAUGAAGAGGACAGUCGGCAGGAAUCUGAAACUCCUGAUCCAAGUGGAGGCUUCCGAGGAACAAUGGAAGCAGACCGAGGAAUGGAAGGUUUAAUCAGUCCCACAGAGGCCAUGGGAAUCAGUAGUGGGGCCAGCAGCUCCUGUCCUGGCUGGCUUCGAAAGGAGCUGGAAAACGCUGAAUUCAUCCCCAUGCCUGACAGCCCCUCGCCCCUGAGUGCAGCUUUUUCAGAAUCUGAGAAAGAUACCCUGCCUUAUGAAGAGCUGCAGGGACUCAAAGUGGCCUCUGAAGCUCCUUCGGAACACAAGCCUCCAGUAGUCGCCUGGCCUCCUCGGCUGACUGCCGCAGUACCGUGUGCCGGGAAGGGAACACCGUUGGCUCCCCCGGCCUGUGCAUGCAGCACUCUGCAGGUAGAGGUGGAGAGACUGCAGGGUCUCGUGUUAAAGUGUCUGGCUGAACAACAGAAGCUACAGCAAGAAAACCUCCAGAUUUUGACCCAACUCCAGGACAGGAAAUUGGAAGGAAGGCGGCAGGUGGGGAUGCAUUCCAAAGGAACUCAGACAGCAAAGGAAGAGAUGGUGGAAGUGGAUCCAAAGCCUGACUUAGAUUCGGAUUCCUGGUGCCUCCUGGGAACAGACUCCUAUCGAUCCAGCCUUUAGUCUCCUGAGCCCUAUACAGCCCCAGGAAACUGGGGUCCAAAGAACUUGAUAGCACACUUACUGAAUGCAGAGAGCAGCUUUCCUGGCUUUGUUCACUUGCAGACAAGGAGCGCAAGGCAGAGGCUCUCCGGCACUUUCCAUGUACAUGUGGAGAGUGGCAUUGCCUUUUAGAUAGGAUCUAGGAGUGAUUUUACUGUUUUGCAGAAUGGAAGGGCCCCAUGGCCCUGGCAUUGUCCUCAGUGACUGCCAUAGCAACAGCAGCUCUGUACCUCAUCUGUUGAUCCCACCUUU